CCCAAACCCUUUCGCCUCUCGUCUUCCGUAACCGUAACUCCACUGCCCGCCACUGCCGACCCCUGAAUCAGUUGUUCUUCCCUGCCUCGUCCUCCUGCUUGGGCUUGUAACUACAGACCAAAAACACUUGCGUAUUCCUUUCCCUCCAGACACCAACUCUUUAACAAUGGUUUCUUCAACUGCUCAAGAAAAACAAUCACAAUCGAAAUCGAAAUCGAAAUCAAAAUCAAAACCAAAACCAAAACAUACAUUAAAAGAGGUGAAAACCUUAGGCCAACAGCUCCUCUCUUCAAGAACUCAUGUUAACAAUCUCCCUCUUCUUCUCACUUUUAUCUCCCCAAAAUUUCCUCCUCAAUACGUUCUUGAAUCCGUUCUGUCUCUUCAGUCCUUCUUCACUCCUCUCCUUCCUUCUCUCCCUUCUUCUUCUUCGUCUUCCAAGAAGACCAAAACGACGGCGGAUGAGGAUGAUGCUGAGCUUAUUUAUAGGACUUGGCUUCGUGCUAAGUUCGAUGAGUUCGUGAAGUUGCUUAUCGAUCUUCUUCUUUCAGCGAAGGCCGAGGAAGCUUUGAAAGAAGUUGUGUUAGAUUCGCUUAUGGAAUUGGUGAAGCUGGGGAAUAGAGGAAGGUUUCAUUCGGCUAUAUAUCACAGAUUACUUCAUAAUAUUGUUCACUCUGCAACACCAUUUGAUUUUAUUUUAGAUUUGCUUGCAUCCAAGUAUUUCAAGUACAUUGAUAUCCGUUAUUUUACCUACAUUAGCCUUGGAAAGCUUGCUAAAACUUUGGAGGCAAAAGAUGUCCCUGAGGACAAUACUGAGAGUGCUGAUCAAGAUGAUGAGAAUCAUUCAAGGGCAAGCAUGGAUAUCUCUAUUCACAAGAUACUUUAUAUUAUAUUACGCAUCCCCCCGCUUGAGGAGUCAAAAGAGAAUUCUGAUUAUGUGAUGUGGAGUGGCUCAGGUGAGGCUGAUGAGCUUUCUGAGCUCCCAAAGCGGCAAGAUAAGCAGCUCAAGUCUGAGAAACAUAAUAAUACUGGUUUAUCAGCUGCCAAUAUCAGCAAAAAGAUGAAACUGAAAUUCACCAAAGCAUGGAUUUCCUUUCUUAGGUUACCUCUUCCAGUUGAUGUAUACAAAGAGGCCUUAGUUACUCUCCAUCAGGAAGUCAUUCCUUAUAUCUCCAAUCCAAUAAUGUUAUGUGACUUCUUAACGAGAUCAUAUGAUAUUGGUGGUGUUGUCAGUGUGAUGGCCCUUAGCAGCCUUUUUAUCCUCAUGACUCAGCAUGGCUUAGAGUAUCCCAACUUCUAUGAAAAACUCUAUGCAUUAUUAUCACCUUCUGUCUUUAUGGCCAAACAUAGGGCAAGAUUUUUUGAGCUUCUUGAUUCUUGCCUAAAGUCUCCACUUCUUCCAGCAUAUUUGGCUGCAGCUUUUACUAAGAAAUUGAGCAGGCUGGCUCUUGCAGUUCCUCCUCCGGGAGCAGUGGUUAUUAUUGCAUUGAUUCACAACCUUCUAAGGAGACAUCCAUCAAUCAACUGUUUGGUGCACCAGGAAGAUGUUAAUGAAAGUGCAGAUGAUAAUUCAGAAGCAAAAGAGGAAAAUGCUGUUAAUGCAAAUGAUUCUGGAAGUGGGAGUAACAUUUCUGCCAAAACUCCUGGCAUUGAUCAUUUUAAAAAUGAAGAAAGCAACCCUGCAAAGUCUAGUGCCUUGAGGAGUUCUUUAUGGGAAAUUGAUACUCUUCGCCACCACUAUUGCCCUCCUGUUUCAAGGUUUGUGCUAUCGCUUGAGAAUGACUUAACAGUCAGAGCCAAAACCACUGAAGUCAACAUUAAGGAUUUUAGCUCUAGUUCGUAUGCAACAAUAUUCGGAGAGGAGCUUAGAAGAAGGGUAAAACAGGUUCCAUUGGCAUUCUACAAAGCAACACCUACCCUUUUGUUCUCUGAAUCCGAUUUUGCCGGUUGGACAUUCAAAUAUGAAGAAAGCAAAGAAAACGUUGUUAAUGGCAUCUUGGACAAAUCUGCACAAAACUAUGACAGUCCUGCAAAAAGACAGCGGGUAGAGUGCUCAUGAACCUAGUCGCCGUUACAAACAUUUAACAGUUAGAAAAGAUUGUUUAAAUUAUUUUUUGGAAUCCCAAGACUAGGUUAAUUGUACAUCAAGAUUUUUUUUAUUAUUAUUUAUAAUUCUUUGGUUUGAUAUUCAGCAGCUAUAGCCACUGCCGCCGCCGCCACUAACGUUCAGAGUUAUGUCUUUCUAUCAUUAACGUAAUUUAUUACCUUUGUUUGAUUAAUGCUAUUGUUAAAACA